AUGCUCACAACACCAUAUCCCGUCGGCUCCCUUGGAGCAGAGAACAUCAGAUGGAUGCUAGAGUUCGAUCUCGCAGUGGAGGACGCAGACCCCUCUCAAGAUAAACACAGACACGUCAAGCUUCUGCUGGAGCACUUUCCGUUGGAGGAAAAGCUGUGGCUUCGGCGACGGUUCGAUCGCAUCAGCAAGGAGAUCCAGGAAACAGAAGGGGUUGACCCAGAGGGAUCUUCGUCCAACAAAAUUGUCUUCGGAAACAAGUACUGGGCCGCUGUCAGAAGAUAUGUGCUGGACAAUUGGUGUCCCACCACAACAUACGUGAGAUUGUACCAGGACCUGCGAGAUGUGCACAGAGAAGACUUUUUCAACAACCGCGACUUUUCUCGACGCGUUCAGUUCCUGUUUCAUCUGUGCUACAGAAAUACUUUUGACGAAGAAGACGAGCGUCAGGUCUACAUGCGCGGCGAUCCAAACUACAAGUUCUUCAACCCCUCAGUAAAGCCCUGGAUUGACCAGGUGGAUGAAUAUGUAGCCAUCAUUGAAUAG